GUUAGAUUGGCUUGUAAAAUAAUUUCUAAUCCUAAACAUGAUAGAUAGCAGCCUUAGAAGCAAGUAACAUCAAAUUUUUAUAGUAUAUAUAUAUGGAUUCUCGAAACCCUAAUCUUCACAUCACUAUCUUCAAAAACAAGUAACAGAAAAAUGGCGCCUCCAACCGCAGCACCAGAGCCAAACACUGUGCCAGAGACUUCACCGACCGGCCACCGUAUGUUUUCCCGGAUCCGCCUCGCUACGCCGACCGAUGUCCCUUUCAUUCACAAGCUAAUCCACCAGAUGGCGGUUUUUGAGCGCCUCACGCAUCUCUUUGUCGCCACCGAGUCUGGUCUUGCCUCCACGCUCUUCAACUCCCGUCCGUUCCAAGCCGUCACCGUCUUCCUCUUGGAAAUCUCCCCUUCCCCAUUUCCCACCACUCAUGACGCUUCGUCCCCUGAUUUCACCCCCUUUCUUGAGACGCAUAAGGUUGAUCUCCCUAUCGAGGAUCCGGACAGAGAAAAGUUCUUGCCGGAUAAGCUCAACGACGUGGUGGUGGCUGGAUUCGUUCUGUUCUUCCCGAACUACCCAAGUUUUCUAGCGAAACAGGGUUUCUACAUCGAGGAUAUCUUCAUGAGAGAACCUUACAGACGAAAAGGCUUCGGAAAACUGCUACUGACCGCUGUGGCAAAGCAAGCAGUGAAGUUGGGUGUCGGAAGAGUGGAGUGGAUUGUGAUCGAUUGGAAUGUGAAUGCUAUCAACUUCUAUGAGCAGAUGGGUGCGCAGGUUUUUAAGGAAUGGAGACUUUGUAGGCUCACUGGCGAUGCACUUCAAGCUAUUGACAAGCUAAACAUCUAGCAGCAUGAUGAUUUGCAUGAGACCCAUCGAGCGAUCGGUCCUUUAAAGUUUGUUUCUCACUUGUUUUUAAUUUGUUGAAUAAAACAUCUCAAGUUUAAGAUAAAGAUGUAUUUGUGAUUAUGGUUACAAAAGUAUCUUCUGUGUUUUCGGAUUUGAAUAAAAUGGAGAUUUCUUCAAACUAUUUAUAAGCCAUGUUUAAAAGAAGUUUUCAAGGUGUAUUUAAUGUGAAUAAAUAAAAUUUUUAAAUUAUUGACCUCAA